UUCAAUGAGUUUGCAGACUCAAUGGAAGGUGGAAGUUCGAUCAAUGUGAGCAAGGUUGUACUAAAUGCUAUCCUAGAGAGUGACUAUGUCAAAUACCAAAACCCAUCGGCUGUUGACACCCCCACUGAAGACCAACCUCAAGACACCUCCAGAAAAGGUUACUUCUUGGAAAAAGACCUGCAUUCCACCACAAAAAUGAAGAUGCACUUCAGAAAAACUACAAAUGAAGCCACUUUCUUACCUCGUCAAGUGGCCGACUCCAUUCCCUUUUCAUCUGACAAGUUCCCAGAAAUUCUAAACCGGUUUUCACUGAAACAAGAUUCCGAGGAAGCUGAAAUAAUGAAGAAAACGAUAAAAGACUAUGAACAACCAGCCUUGGAAGGAGAUUCCAGGUUCUGUGCCACAUCCUUGGAAUCCCUAAUUGAUUUUAGCAUUUCAAAGCUCGGAAAAAACAUCAAACUAAUCUCAAAUGGAGUUGAAAUGGGAAGCCAGGAAUACGAACUCGGAGUGGGAGUGAAGGUGGUUGUAGACAAAUCAGUGGUAUGCCAUAAGCAGAAGUAUCCAUACGCUGUGUUUUACUGCCAUGCAAUCCAUAAGACGAGGGUUUACACACUUCCAUUUGUGGGAACCGAGGAUGGAACCAAAGCUGAGAUUGUGGCUUCUUGCCAUAUAGAUACGUCGGCUUGGAACCCGAAGCAUGCGGCCUUUUAAGUGCUGAAAGUUAAACUAGGAACUGUCCCUGUUUGCCACUUCCUUCCUCGUGAUGAUCUCAUCUGGGUUCCUAAAUAGCUAGAAAUC